AUGGCCCCCAACUGCUUCAAACAGCACUGGGCCCCGAUUGACGGGGCAUACAUCUCGCUGCCACAAAUUUCUCACGGCCUGAGGCUGUUUGUCAAUGAGCAGCCUGUUCAAACGUUGAACUUUGCCAGGCCCUUGGUCGAUAUUGGUCCCUUGCUGCGGAAAGGUCCCAACCGCGUGGUUGCUCUUGUUCCAACUCUGAUGUGGAACUACAUUAGCAGCAUCCAUGGCGAUCUUGAAAUCUCGGGGUCAAAGCCCAUGUUAACCUCGCUGCCUAGCAAAGUCGAUACUGGAUUGAUUGGUGAAGUCAGAGUCAUCCCUUACACUGCCCACCACAUUUCUCUAUAG